CAUGGUAACAUUAACAGGACGCUCUUGUAGUUGCUGGACUAUUGGCUUCAAUUUGUCUUAAUUGAUGUGAAUUUACUAACCUUACUUCUUGUACAGUGGAAUAUAAAGCUAUAUAACAGAAAUGGUGCUUGGCAAAGGCCCAUCCAGUUGUAACUUCGUAGCAUCAGAUCAAAUCUGGAAAGAUCACGUCGUCCACGAACACGGUGCUUCAAAACACUGGCCUGAGAACUGGGGGUUUCUUAUCAAGCAAUACCAAAAACUGGCAAAYGAAGAUCCUUCACAACACCCUGGGGUGGCUGCAGUACGCGUCAAGCAAAGGAGAGAAAACCUCAAACUUCCCCCUAUUGACUCAAGUGUAGCAUCCCAACUAUCAGUCGGCAAGUCCAAUGCCUCAUGUCCAAUCAUGACAUCACAAGAAAUCGGAUGGCGGUCAAGCCAAAGACAGUGCAAUUUAGAGAGAUAUGGAAGAUAUACAAAACCAAGGUCUUCUUUCUUAGGACAGAUGAAAUGGCCACCAGAGUCUAUUGGUUGAAUCUUACAUUAAUCAAUAGUUACAUGUGGGACUGAGAGGUCAUAAACUGGAAAACAACUUUUUUAACAAAUCUUGAGAGCAUCCAUCUCUUAACAUGGCUGAUUUUAAGUUACAAUAUCAAGGACAAAAUCUAUGUAUAUAACGUCUAACUUCCAAUGACCUCAUGCUUGCAUGAAAAAAUAUUAUUAUUUUGUAAUUAUAGUAGAAGCAACCAUCUUUAGUUUUUGCCAUCAAGAAAKAUAUCAGAAAACAAGGCUUACAAUAAUUACAAUUUAACAGUGUGAAAAAUUAUAGUUAAAAUUUGAAAUUGGAUGUUACUCAGACUAAUUUAUUUUCACAGUAAAAUAAGUUGUGUUUUAGCCAAUUAUUUGAAAUUUGUAAUAAAGAAAACAAAAUUUCGUGCUUAUUUAUUUCAUCAAUAA